CUCCGUCAUACAAUUCUUCUAGGGAUUAUUUAAGGCCUGAUUGUUCGUUUCGUGACAAAGAAUUAAGUACACAUUGUUGUACAAUUUAGCUCUACGCUUUUAACUCGGGUGAUAUCUCUUCAGUCGGGUAGUGAUUCCAAAAAUCUUAGUUGCCGCGAAAACCACUGUUUCCCAAUAGAAUGUUAUGAAAUGACACUGUAAUUUUCCAGCUAGCGUACAUUGCUGCUAUGGCUAGGCAUUUAAAGUUGUGAAAUUCUCUUAUCAUUUGAAACAAUACAAAGCAUGUGAUUGGUAGAUGGUUAAAACCUUGGGUUUUCACUUUACUGCAUUUGAAAAUAACGCCAACACUGAUUGGUCAAAUGCACGUGAACCAGGCAAGCGAAUUUCGAAAGAUUUCACCUAAUAUGGCGGACGGGAAAUCACAUAGGAUAAAGAGUUGGAGAACCAGUUGGAGAAGAACCAGUGUCGCUGGCAUUUAACUCGUGAGUUGUCUGUAAAGAGUUGCUUUGUGUGGAUAACUGCCUACAAUCUUUUUGUACCCCAAGGUGAGGAGCAUUUUAAAAUUUUCCACGUCAAAACUGGUUAACCCCAGAGGCUGAACCCGGUCAUACUCGUCAAACCAGUCUUGAAGCGAACGGUCUGCAUAGGGAACGAGUUAAAAUUUAAACUUACUUACGAGUUAUCGCAUCGGCUGGAAGUCGGUUGAGUUGAGAUUGGAAUUAAAUUGAGUUUGCGUCAUGUUUGUUAACUCUGGAUGUAUUCUAAAAAUUCGAACGAGCAUUGAAAAUGGAAAAUUACCGUCAAGAUUGUGUAGGAAGACCGUUGCAGACCUGUGGUUCUCAAUACUUCAGCGAAAUGCAGUUACGUAAGGCCAUCCGGCCCGCAGAUGAAAACCUGAGAAAAUCCGGGAUGCGAAUUUUUUUAAGCAGUUAGAGAAGAAAAACGCUAUCUUUCCUUCAAUGUAUCCUGCGAAUCGAUCAAGGCCAGGUUAGCAGCUCAUCUGGUGAAAGAAAACUUAAUUGAGUAAACGUGAUUGGACUUCGCCCAGUCUUGAAUUUUAAAAAUGCACUUAAAAAAUCAACAUGUUUUUUUUUUACUGACAUUUACACGAUCUUCUCCAAAAUUAACCUACAUUGAGCUUGUUUUGCACGAAAUCGGAGUUGAGUUUUACACGAAUUUGUUAAGCAAUGCUAAUAAACAAUUCUAUUAAUUUUAUUUGUUUGUAGGAAGAAUUUCAUCGCGGUAACUGAAUAUCCAAAGCUAAAGCUAUAUGUAAAGUGUCAGCACUUCACUAACAAUGCCAUCGAAGCUGUAUUAAUAUUGAAAAUUUAACGAUAUGGUCUAUUUUCGUUUGGUUGCUUACUUGAGAGUAAGAAUGAUGCAAUCCUUAAAUUUAAUUCGAAAUUUACAUUGAUGAUAUGAUAAUAUUUUAUUGUUUUGAUUGUUUUGGCUGCGUCAGUCUGUAUCACUGUUCACUCAGUCUUGCUCUUGAUACCUUUUUUGUAUUUUAAAAACUACUGACACCUUUUGUCAAGAGGAUUUUCAGUGGACAGGUACAACUGUUACAAUGCUUAAGUCCUUGGAAUUAGGAUAAUGCAGAAAAUGAUUUAAGAUUAAAUAAAUUUCAAAAGACAUUAUGCAAAAUUCUAUUGUUUUGGAAAUGUAUUAUCAAUACUUAAAUAGGAUUAAAUAUAAUCACUUUGCUCCAGCUCAAAGAGACCUACCUUUCAGCUUAGUAUUGCACUAACCUAAAAUAAUUUUUUUUGCAGACAUACUUGCAUUCAUAAACAAUGGGAUUCGGACGUCAAGACACAGCCCCUGCUAUGGAACUGCUUCAAUGUGUGAAUAAUGACCAGGGAUCGAAAAGCAAUACACCAUCUGUUCCUUCAUCACCCCUAACACUGAUUGAAAAAAUCAAUCAGAAAAUUGCAGCUAAAGAAAAAUUCUUCAGCUUGGAAUUUUUUCCUCCAAGAACUCCUAAUGGAGCAGUGAACUUGAUUGCCAAGUUUGACAGGAUUUCUAUGGGAUGCCCAUUAUUUUGUGAUGUGACAUGGCAUCCUGCUGGAGACCCUGGUGGGGAUAAGGAAACAAGUUCCAUGACAAUAGCCAGUGCCGCUUUAAACUACUGUGGUCUUGAAACUAUGUUGCACAUUUCUUGUGCUAAUACAGUGAAAGAUACAGUGACUAAGCACUUGAUGAAAGCUAAAGCAUUGGGAAUUAGGAACAUUCUUGCUCUUCGAGGUGGUAAGUGCUUGUUAUUAUGCUGUAAAAAAAUAUAUAAUUCUACAACUGAUGCAUAUCUUUUGGCCCUUUCACAACUAUUUACAUGUAUUCCUCACAAUUAGAGUUCUGAUUGUUGAGUUGAGUUGAGGUGUUGGCAUUUUAAAAUGAGUCCACUAGCCAUGGGAACACUGCUUGUUGGGCUGGCUGGCCCCAUCUCACAAUGUACAGAACAGCAGUUAUAACAGCAUAGAGCCCUAUCAGUUGCUACAGUACAUAAGUAUUCUCUCAGGAAAUUUUUAUUUGUUAGUGAACUGUAAACUGUUUUUUGCCAUUUCAUAUACAAAAGUGUGUAUAUACAUGUGGAUGUGGUGUUUAUUAUAAUUUUGGAAAGCAUUAUCCCAUUGAUUUUCAAUUUGGAAAACUCUCGCAUUUUCAGAUCCACCCAAUGGGGAGGAGUGGCAAGCACUUGAUGAUGGUUUGGCUUACGGCACAGAUAUGGUUAAACACAUCCGCCAAGAGUUUGGAGAUACUUUCACCAUUUGUGUGGCAGGUGAGUGAAUAGAUGAAACCUUGAUUGUAUGUUACACAGUUCAAUAAUUUGGUUCGUCAUAUCUUCUUUUGCUAUCCUGGCUUUGUUCUCCGACCCUUUGUUUAAUAUGCCCUGUCUAUUAAUACAACAACAGCAAAAAAAAAAAGAAUGACAAUCUUUUUGAAGUAAUGUUAAUCCCUCCCACAUACUUAUCAAUUUGAAAUGUAACAUCUUCUUCACAAGAAUGGAGUAUUUUCAUAGCUCUGGAAGCAGUUGCAUUUUGUUCAAAUAUCCUCCAAACCUACUAUGAAGUUUUACCAGCCAAGCUCUCACAUCUGUGAGGCUUUUCAUUUGGAAGGAUAGAUAACCUUGUGUAAGGAAAUGCUAUAUUAAAUUUGCAUUUUUGGACAUGUUCCAAUUGAUUGUCUGAUGUGCAUUGAUGUUUACUGAAGCUUUAGAAGAAAGCUUUUCUCUAAAAUAAAGUUGUCAUCUUGUUAGGCUACCCAAAUGGUCACCCAGAUUGCCCCACAUAUGAGGAAGAUCUUCAACAUUUGAAGGAGAAAGUAGAUGCUGGAUCAGAUUUUAUCAUUACACAACUGUUCUUUGAGAACAAAACAUUCUUCAAAUUUGUUAAGGAUUGCCGAGAUAUUGGUAUAACUGUACCAAUCAUACCUGGCAUUAUGCCCAUUCAGGUUAGUCAUAAUUGCCAAUACAAUACCCUUGUAAAUUAGUUACAAAAAUUAAAUCAAGAUAACAACUUCUACCUGAUGAGUUUGUGUAUUAUCUUUACCUUUCAUUGGGUAAUGUUUGGAUCUUAUAGGGAUAGGUUAAACACACAAAUCAUUUUUGGUAGAAGGGUGAUGUUCAAUGCUGUCUUGUUUCAAUUUCUUGAUUUCAACUUGACUCUAUAGGGUUAUGCUUCCUUGCGUCAUCUCGUCAAGCUUUCAAGGUUAGAAGUUCCACAAUGGAUUGUGGAUGCCAUUGAACCUAUCAAAGAUGAUGAUGAGGCUAUACGUAAAUAUGGGGUAGAGCUUGGAAUCCAAAUGGCACGUGAACUUUUAGAAAGCGAUGACAUUCCUGGAUUACACUUUUACACCCUGAAUCGAGAAGUUGCUACUCGUGAAAUUUUGACAGCUUUGGGACUGUGGUGCCAGGAUCCUGCCGCCAGCAGACCAUUGCCUUGGAAGCCCUCUGCAAACAAGAAAAGGGUGUGUGAGGAUGUGAGACCAAUCUUCUGGGCUUCUCGACCAAAGAGUUAUAUGUAUCGCACAUCAGACUGGGAUGAGUAUCCUAAUGGUAGAUGGGGAAAUUCAUCAUCGCCAGCCUUCGGUGACUUGAGUGAUCAUCACUUGUUUUAUUUACGGAGCAAAAUCAAGAAAGAGGACUUGUUGAAAAUGUGGGGAGGAGAACUCGCUUCCGUAGAAGAUGUAUUUGAGGUUUUCAGGUGUUACAUCUCUGGGGAAAACAAUCGAAAUGGUGUGCAGGUAAUUGAAAUAAAAAAAAUCAAAUCUGUGGGGAAGAUCAUGAGUGUGUGUGAAUAAUAGAAGAAUAUUAGUAACAGUUGGUUUUAAUUAAGGUAUUUCACUGAUGAAUUAUAAUCAGCAUUCCAAGCUUUAACCAUUAUGGCCAUCUUGUCUCCUACAAAAAACACCUUUUGAAAAUGAAUUUAUUUGCAGUUUAGAAGUAACCAAUAUUUUUUUUUUUUAGUAGUAAUGCACAAAGUGUCUCUUUCAUAUUUUUCUUUUCUUUUCUAAGGGUGACCCAAUUUAUUUUCUGACAACCAUUUCAUGAUUUAAGGUCUCCUAAUGGUGACUUUGAAAAGAAUAGAAUGCUGAAUACUGAUAAUUUAUUUAAAUUUAUGGAACAUAAACAGUCAAAAACUGUGAAGGGACUUAAGAUAGAAUGAUACAACCUGAUAAAUCUCAGUGGUAAGCAUAGAAUAUCAAAUCUAUUUUUCAGGUGAAAUCACUUCCCUGGAAUGAUGACACCAUUGCUCCAGAAACAGCUUUGAUCAGAGAGAAGCUUGAAUUUCUCAACAGCCAUGGAUUUCUAACAAUCAACAGUCAGCCUCAUGUGAAUGCCAAACCAUCAAGCGACCCUCUGGUAGGCUGGGGGGGAAGUGGUGGAUAUAUCUACCAGAAGGUAAGUAAUAUUACUAGACAUUAGACUUACCAUGAAAAAUCUGAUUGGUUGAGAGCAUACAGUCUAUAUACAAUAGCACGUGAAGUUGACAUGAUAAUUCAAAGUCUGCUUAGUUCCUGAGCCCCUCAUCUGUGUAGUGUUCUCAAACCCCUUUUCUGCAAACUCUGAGAGAGGUGUCUUCUUUUGUAGAUUGUUUAAAGAAUGUAUAAUAAAACACAUAUUGAGUUUGGUUUUUGCUUGAUAUCAUGAAUUAUUAAACCUCUUGUAUGUGUUCUCUGCCUCAGUCUUUGGCUUAAGCAGAUAACUGGGACCUUAGCAUUAAUAAUUCAUGGUAUCAUGCCCUACCUCAUCCAUUACUUUCUUGUUAUACAAAACAAGAUUUUGCAGUUCAACUGGUGUUAACAACCAUUACUAUCAGAAAAAUAAAUGAUUUCUAUCUGGAUUUUUUUAUCUUUGCUUCCAUUGCACCUAACAUUGAUUGACACAAUUGAUUUUGGUUUAAAUUAUUGUUUGUGUCUUUGGUUUGAUGGGGAAUUUUAUGUGUAAGUGACCUUGGUAACAGGAGUGGCAUCGUUAAAGCCUUUUUUAGUGCAGUGUUGAAAAUUAUGGAUCUAAAUAUGCUGAGCCAGACUGCUAGUUUCACUUCUUUAUGUAUUUGUACAUGUAUGUGUAUUACCAUUCUUAAUGAAGCCUUUUUACCAUUUGUCUGGUAUUAUUUCAAAGUACAAUCUACAAGCUUACAUUUCAAUAUAAAGCUUGUAGAGCCAAUGUUUAUCUUCAAAUUCAGUUGUAAUCUGAGUUAGAUGCAUAUUUGAUUAACAACACUUUCAAAUUGCAGGCCUACCUAGAGUUCUUCACUUGUAAAGAAAAUGUAGACAUCCUUCUUGAAGUUUUAAAAGACUACCCACAAGUGAAUUAUCAUUUUGUGAACAGAGAGGUAAGCUGGGAGUACAGUUUAAUUCCUUGUAUCCAUCUCAUCUAGUGAAUAUCCCAAUAAUUUUUAACUUGAAGUGAUAGAAGUUUAUUUGAGAAUGUAGGAAAUGUGCCCCUUUGUUAGUGAAGAGAGGAAAGGCUAAGCACUCCAUUUUUUUUAAUGCUUUUUUUUUUUUUAUCAGGGCUCAGUGAAUGUAACCAAUUCUGAUGAGCUAUCACCCAUUGCUGUCACAUGGGGUGUGUUUCCUGGAAAAGAGAUUUAUCAGCCGACAGUUGUGGAUCCUAUCAGUUUUGAGUCUUGGAAAGUAAGUCCAUCCAUCUUAAUUUUAUCAUCUCAUAAAUGUACCAUCAAAUGACCACAGCUGUCUCGGAGAUAGUUAGUAAUUCCUGAAACAGAAUAGGAAACCCAAUGGUCAGAGACUGAAAGCCUUUGGUGACAGUCUAACUGAUCUCUUGAGCCAGGAAAGAAUCUUUGCAAGUAGCCUGCAAUUUUAGCAGUUGCUGAAAAGAAGCCUGACAAGAUUUUGGCUUCAACUGGAUUCAAACCCAUGCCUCCUAGAUACUAGCUGGGUUCUACUACCAAUAGAGCUAGGAAGCCGCAUGUUAGGAGCAGGACAAAAUUUUAAAGGGUUCUUCUUUCCUGUAGAGGAACUUGAUAACAACUUAUAAUGAAAUUAACUUUUCUUUAUUUCAAUUGCUUGACUGACUUAUGUCUUUAAUUGUAUCAAAGUAAGUAUCUGAUCAACUGCACACCUACCCCUUCCCUAACCUAACAAUAACCCUAACGUAUUACAGUGUUCUCCCUUAUUUUAAGCAUGACAGGUAAAAUAAAUUUUCAAACCGGUAAAGCAAUCCUUUUACCUGUUGAAAUUUUCCAGAAUUCCAGUCAAUUUUAAACAGUAAUAAGAGGUACUACAGGUGGUAAAUGUUACCAGUUACUACCUGAGAAGGAGAACACUGUUGUUGAGUUAGGGGAAGGGUAGGUGCACUAUUUCUCAGAUAAUGAAGUUGAUCCAUUUAGUCUAUCAAGGGUUUAGACUUAAAUCAUAAUUGUUUGUUUAGAUUUUAAGUUUUAAGAAAGUCCUUUUGCUUAUCUCCUCUAUUUAGGAUGAAGCAUUUGAUCUUUGGGAUCAACGGUGGGGUCGACUCUACAAAGAAGACUCGCAAUCGAGAAGAGUCAUUGAUGACAUCUAUAACAACUAUUACCUUGUCAAUUUAGUUGACAAUGACUUUAUCAAAGGGAACUGCCUUUGGGAAACACUUGAGAAAACAGUGGAACUGAGAGAAGGAACAUCUCAACGAAUGGCUGCUGAAGCAUCAUAAUAUAUGAUUAUUGCAUGAUUAUAGUAAUCUGAAUUGCUGUGAAUAUGGGAGAGCCAACCAUUUAAGGUGAUAUUUUAGACUUCUCCAGUCCCUUUAUUGUUUAAGAGGCCUAUGGAGAAUAGUGAAAAAUAUGCAAAGUUCAGGAGAAGGUUGAGAAAUUUUUUACAAGAAAGCAUUCAAAACUCUGGGAUAGGAUGGACAAAAGUUUAAAUCUAAACAGGAUCAUAAUCCCUCAAGGGGAUCUAAAAUACCUAACUUAUUUUACUCAAAUCCUGAUUAAGCAAGAAUUAUGAGUAAAUGGGAAAUGUUCAUUUGCGGCAAGAAUUUUCAGUUUGGCCAUGUAGUUUUUAAUGAUCUUUACAAAGAGGCUUGAUUAUUUGAAUAGACUUGACCAAACUGAAAAGAUCAUCCAGGCCAGUUAUUUUCCAGACACACAAGAUCAAUUGUAAAAAGAUGAUGCACCACAAUCAAUUUUUAUGAAAUUCUUGGGUUGAUGCAAAAUCUCUCUUUCACUGUACCUCAGUUUCAAAUGUACCAACAAUGAUUUAACUCCACCCAUGAAUUCAAGCUGGACUUGCAACAUUCUGAAUUUUAUUUGCAACAUUCUAGCAGAGAUCAGCUUGUUUCAUGGGUUAAGAAGAAUUCCUUACUUACUGGAUAACAUAUAUUAUUUAUAUUUAUUUCAUUUAAUGCUCUGACAGAUCAAUCAGAGUACACAGA